CAAAUAGUAUUUUUUUUUUAAAUAAAAUAAUUUUUUUAUAAAUAUUAUUCUCUUCUUCUCUCUUCAUUCAACUCUCAUUCCAACAAACUAUGACUUUUGCUUUCCUUGCAAUACACAUGCAGUAAAAACCUAGCUAUAUAUUUCAUUUUCUUCUCUCAAAUAUCAUUUUCUUUUUCAACUCUCAAUUUAAAUGACAAAAUUUUCCAUAGUUAUUAUAUUUUCCCAGCAUCAAGUUGCUAAUUAAGUGCUUACUAGUUGCUACCAGCACAAAGCUAUUUAUUUUUUAUUUUUUGUUGUUUUUUUGUUUUGUUUUGGAAGUACCUUCCAAUUUUCAAACUACUUUUAGUUUUGGAAUUUGCUAUAGGUCUAACUAGUUUAGGACACACAAUUUUUCUUCAAUUCAAAAAUGAUGUCUAAACAACCAUUUUCAGUUUCAUGUCAUUCAAACACCAUGAAAGCUUCUUCAUCAAAUCAUGUUCAACAAUCAAACUCAAACCCUAAUCCAAACCUACCUAAGAAAAAAAGAAACCUACCAGGAACACCAGAUCCAGAUUCAGAAGUGGUAGCUAUGUCACCAAAGUCAUUGAUGGCGACAAAUCGUUUCUUAUGCGAAAUAUGCAACAAAGGUUUCCAAAGAGACCAGAAUUUGCAACUUCAUCGACGAGGACACAAUCUACCAUGGAAGCUAAAGCAAAGAGCCAACAAAGAUCAAAUUAAAAAGAAGGUUUAUGUGUGUCCAGAGAAGAGCUGUGUGCACCAUGAACCUUCUAGAGCUUUGGGAGAUUUGACAGGAAUAAAGAAACAUUACAGUAGAAAACAUGGUGAGAAGAAAUGGAAAUGUGAAAAGUGUUCUAAGAAAUAUGCAGUUCAAUCUGAUUGGAAAGCUCAUAGCAAAAUUUGUGGAACUAGAGAAUACAAAUGUGAUUGUGGCACCAUUUUUUCCAGGAAGGACAGUUUCAUAACACAUAGAGCUUUCUGUGAUGCAUUGACUGAAGAAAGUGGAAAGAUAACAACAGUUCCAACAGCUUUAAGCAACUUUAGAAAUCAUCAUUUGACAAAUACUCAUCAAACUCCAAGAAUCCCUCAAAUUUUUCCUGGUUUUCAGUUUCACUCAGAUUUUGUCAAUUCAGCAACAUCAUCAAUAUGGCAACAUCAUCAAAAUUCUGAUAUGAUGCAAACAAUGGAUGUGUUUGGAUCACAAACACAAACACAGAAUCAACAAUGGUUGAAUAAUUAUAGUAAUAAUCUAUCAUUACCAAUGUUACAUGGAGUAAUGAAACAAGAACAAGAACAAGAAGAAAACAAAGAUUUGUCUCAUAGUGUAAUAAGUUCAUUGUACUUAAGUAAUAGUCAGAAUCAACAAGGAGGAUCAAAUCACAUGUCAGCAACUUCACUGUUACAGAAAGCAUCUCAAAUUGGAUCUACAAGGACAAUUAUUAGCAAUGAUAACAACAAUGUCUUCAACAAUGUGAACAACUUUAACAUUGUUCAUGAUGUUGAGAAAUUUUAUAACAAGCAAGAUGAAAAUGGAGAGUUGAAUGAGUUGGUAAAUUUAGGAGGAAGUAGUGGAACUAAUAUUGAAGGUGGUGAGUAUUUAUUUAAUGAUUCAAAUUCAAAUAAUUUGUUUGGGAUUGUGAAUGGUACAAAGGAUUUGGAUCAUGUGGUAAAAGAGAAAAAUCAAAUGGGUUUAACAAGAGAUUUUCUUGGGGUUGGUGAUGAUGAUGAUGAUGAUUCAAUGAGUAGACCUUUUUUACAGCAUGAAGUACUUGGUGAAUUUAAUGGAAUGGGAUCAUUGGGAAAUAAUUUGCAGAGUCAUUAUGGUGGUGGAAACUAUUGUUAGAGUUUGGAAUUUGAAUCAAAGCAGCUCAAAGAAGAGUUAUGAAACUAGCUAGCUAGUGAUAGUGAAAUUGUAUAGGAUAUAUCUUUAUUAUGUAGCGCUAGCUAGCUAGCUUAUGAUGAACUUCUAUUAGAUGCAACAUGUGAUCACUAAAACAAUAAGAGAUUAAUCAUUAGGGUAUGUUAUACUACCAUGUUCUAA